UUCCUCUGGCGUGGCCCUUACUGCCUGGUCACCGGCCAUUCGGGCAAUCACAAGUCGGAAACACCCAACCACUUGCUCACCAGCAUCCAGGCGAGAGUUUCAGAUUGAAGCGAAGAGGAGGCAGUUAGGGGCUGUUGAUCGAGGAAGUAAACCAGCAAGGCACUCCUGCUGGCACAGUUGACCAUGCCUUCUGCAGCAGCGCGACGACUGUAUGAGGAUCAAAUACCGACCUUCAUGUCGGUGUUUGAUCUAGACGUCGAGACGAUGAACGACCGGGCCACAGUGACGGUUCUUGAACCCAAGUUGGUCGGAAUGGAAGCCUCUAAAUUACCAACCGAUGCCCUUCCCCAACUGCAGCCCAACACAUUGCCCUCGGAUUCAAUUCACAGGCACCAAGAUAGCACGUCAACCCAGAACUCCGAAUCGGCGGAAUCAUCACCCACUACCACCCUAUCGUGUACAGACUCAUCUUCACUCUCCGACCCCUCACCGUCCUCAUCUCCAGAGUCUCCUGUGAACCUCCCUCCGCUAUCAUCCUUCACCUCAACUUCCUUCAGCGGCCUGUCGUCCAUGGCUACUCUUACCGUUUCCGACACCACCAAUACCGAGAGGCCAAUGACAUCCCCAGCGCCUAGACGACCGAGGAAUAUGAAGGGCCUCUCGAUCCAACCGCCCUUCAACUCGCUGUCUAACUCGCUCGUCUCUGAGCCUUGCUCCCCUUCGUUCAUCAAGCCCAAAAUUCCCGCUAUGAAGAGGAAGCCAAGUCAGCUUAGCCUGAAGACCAAUUCGUCGGAUCUAGUCACACGGUCGACACUUGAAGUCCCAGUCUCCCCAUCAGUGCCCCCAAUAUUACAACGUCGGGCCCUGAAACAUUCCACUUCGUCACCUCAUAUGCUUUCCUCCCUCAAGUCGGCCACAUUCGGUCCCCUGGGCGGAAUGACCAUCCCCACGGUGCUGGAAAGAAACGAAUCUGGGCUGUCCGAAUUUCUACGGCCCUCAAAGCCUACCCCGCCUGAGAGAUUCGAUUCAACAAUCCUGGAGGAGGACUCCCCCAUCCGGACGCAGAUCGCGAACCGGGCGGCCUUUGAAUUCGAGCCCUUCCAUGAACAUGAGAACAACGAGGAUCAGAAGAGCCCCGGAUAUCCUGAUGGCCCCAUUGCCAUCUACGAUGACAAUGUCUACCUCUAUUUGGAACCGACGGCCGAUGAAGCGUCGAGAUUCGACGUGGUGAUUAACGUUGCCCGCGAAGUCAGGAACCCCUUUGGAGCGGCAUUAGGAGCAGCGGAUGCCACGUCAUUGGCUCCGGUGGAGGAGCGACAAGGAGAUGCCUCACCCAACCCCGACACUGCCGUCACAGCAGCAAGCUAUGCCACUGCUUUUGAAUUCUUUCCCGAGGAAGCCACGGCCGAGACUCCGACAACACCGAAGGCGAUGCCUCUGAAGGAACCCGAAUAUAUCCACAUGCCCUGGGAUCAUAAUACCGAUAUCAGCCAGGAUUUGACCACGCUUUGCGAGACCAUGGAGAGGAAAACAAAAGAAGGGAAGAAGGUAUUGGUUCAUUGCCAGCAGGGCGCGAGUCGCUCAGCAAGCCUGAUCAUCGCCUAUGGAAUAUGGAGGAACCCGGAACUGAGUGUCAACGACGCCUAUUAUGCUGCCCAGGCCAAGAGCAGGUGGAUCAGCCCCAACAUGAGGUUGAUGUACUGCUUGCAAGACUUUCAGAAGGCCGUCUCGGAGAAGAAGCUGCCACCUAGCUCAGGCUUCAAAACGAGGCCAGGUAGAAGCCCGACGAAGCAUCGAGCGACACUCUCGGCGGAUGCCAUAGACAUCUCCGUCAAAGAGCCGCUGACAGCGCCGUUGCCGAACGAUGAUGUUGUAUCGAAUGGAGCCAGCCCAGAGACGAGCCCUAGGCGGUCUCGGGCUCGAGGAAAUUCUUCGCCUAAUCGGGGGGAGCCGAUAUCGCCUGGCCCAUCCUCUGCUCCUUCAAGCUUUUCGUGGAGCGAACGGGAGGGUGAGAGCGACGAUGGAAAGUUGCCGCGGUUUAACAUCAGCUCCUUUGCCAAGCCGUCGAGGACAGCCUCUGAUGCCGAGACUAUACCCCCGGUACCUACUCGCCUGGCACCAGUGCCCGUAUUGAGGCCGCCUCCGUCGCCGGGUUUCCCCUCCCUAGGCAGCUCUUUCUCGAAACCCCCACCAUCACCAGGUUUUGCCCCCCUAGGCAGCCCUUUCUCGAAAUCCCCCCCAUCCCCAGGUUUUGGCAACCACAGAUUUGGCGGACCGAAGGGAAAAUUCGGGCUCCUGCCCCUGAGCUUAGGCGGAUCACAACGACGUGACAAUAAAGAGCCGGUUCCGGAGCGCCACGUCAGGGUCAUGCGAAGCUUCCCGGAGGACGCGGCACUGAUGUCCCCUCGCGCCGAAACAAUGACGAAUAACCCCCUACAUGAGCCCUUUGUUUCUAGCUUCACGGGCAUGCAGUUCGUCGAGGUCCCACCUACUCCUAGCGAGGGCCUAUUCUCGCCUCGGGAGACCAUGUUCCCUCGCGAUCCAUUCUUCCCGUUCGGCCGCCCGACUCAAAUAACAGAUCCGCGAAGCCCACCGACGAAGGGAGAGACUCCGAUUGUACGGUCGAUCGACGAACUGUUAUAGUCCCUCCGAGUACCCCUUGUGUCUUAGACCACACUUCCCCCGCAUCUACCAGCAACCGGCAAUCCAUUUUGCCUGGAGGAGGGCUACGAUCGCAUUGCAUAGAAAACGGAUAGCGUUCCUUGUAUUUGCUAUACUGUCUUUGCAGUAGCGGUUUACUUGGAACUUUUCGGACGCAGCCCGGAGUCCAACCCUUUUACCCUCCGACCCGC